AGAUUUUUGUCUAAACCCUUUUAUUAAGAAUCUUCUUCUUCUUCUUCUUCUUCUUCUUCUUCUUCUUCGUCUCUUUGUUUAUAAUCCUCCGUCCUUGUUCUUUCUUGAAAUCAAAUCAAUGGCCCCAAUCAAAGUUGGUGAUGUUAUUCCUGACGGAACUUUAGGUCAAUUCGACUCUGAGGAUCAACUCCAGCAACUUUCAAUUCACUCACUUGCUGCCGGUAAAAAGGUUAUCAUCUUUGGUGUCCCCGGUGCUUUUACCCCUACUUGCAGCAUGCAGCAUGUACCAAGUUUCAUUACCAACGCUGAAGAAUUAAAGUCGAAGGGUGUUGCUGAAAUUUUGCUUGUUAGUGUCAACGACCCAUUCGUGAUGAAGGCAUGGGCAAAGACAUACACUGAGAACAAGCACGUUAAGUUCCUAGCAGAUGGAUCAGCAGCCUACACCCACGCUCUAGGUCUCGAACUUGACCUUGGUGAAAAGGGGCUUGGAAUUCGUUCUCGCAGAUUUUCCUUGUUAGUUGAUGAUCUGAAAGUCAAAGUUGCAAACAUCGAAGAAGGUGGAGCAUUCACUGUUAGUGGUGCAGAUGAAAUACUCAAGGCCCUCUGAACCUCUAUUUGUAAUAAGCAGCUAUCACUUCUCUAGACACUCCAUUUAAGUCCGGUUGCUUAACGAAUGAACUCUCUUUUCAAGAGUGGAAGAAAUUAAUAUGCUGCUUAUUUUGAAUUUAUUUUAUCCUAUGGUAAUAAAAGUUAGAUAUUCAUUAAUCAUACUUUUGAUGAGUUCCCUGAUCGAUUCUGAUGAAGGAACCAUCAUCAUACUUUUUCCGAUCUUCAUGUCACUCAUAAAUAUCUCCUGCGGUGUA